UUCGUGUGUGUUUGUUCAAAUUCAAUUCAACAUGUCAAGUGUAUUCAAACCGUCCUUUCUGAAAAACCUCCAAUUGUUAGCGGAUGCUAGUGGUCUAAGAUCCGCAGAAGAUCAAGAGAAGGCUGAACCAGGUCCAUCCUCAGUGCUUUAUGUGCCUGGGAAAUUCCAUCAAUCAAUUUCCAUUAUUAAACCGUGUACCUCAAGCGAGGAGUCAAUGGAUUCCACCUGUGAUUGCGAUUCUGAUGAUAGUCUCUAUCAGAGCAAGCCACUAGAUCUCUCUCUUAAAGUUCCUUCGGAACCAAUGCAGGAAAAUGUGGUUCGAGAGCCCCAACCAGAGCCAGAACUUGAGUCGGAACCAGAGUCAGAAUCAGAGUCAGAGUCAGAACGACCACUCAUCAUAACUGAUGAAAUGUACGAGCAGGCCGUUGAAAGUGCUCGUAAUGAUGGAUAUGAUGAAGGAAGAGCAAGUUUCGCACCCAACAUCGAGUCUCUGGCCAAAAAACUAAAAAUUCCUCUUCACAUGUUCCGGUCAAUUGCAUUUGUUAAUGGAGGCCAUGGAAUCAAGAACCCAAGACUUUCCAAUGGAAAUGUUAAGCGAAUGUUUAAACCAUGUUUGGAUGAUCCUUUAAGAUGUCCAGUUUGUGAGAAACGGUUCCGCUUGCCUCGAUUACUGAAUAGACACCUUAAAUGUCAUUUAGAUGAGAGACGCUAUUUAUGCACCUUUUGUGGCAAAGGCUUUAAUGAUACUUUUGAUCUAAAACGACACACCAGAACUCAUACAGGUAUUCGCCCAUACAAAUGUGACCAUUGCAAUAAGUCAUUUACUCAGAGAUGUUCCCUGGAAGCACAUGCUCUUAAAAUCCAUGGUAUUUCGCAGAGAUAUGCAUACAGAGAAAGAAGGACAAAAUUGUACGUUUGCGAGGCGUGUGGACACACUACCAAUAAACCAGAAACACAUUAUCUGCAUCUUAAAAAUAAUCAUCCUGAUUCUCCCGCUUUGGAUAAAGUCAACGACAAGCGUUUCUUCAAGUUUGAUGAUCCUGAUUUCCCCUUUGCUGAAUGAAAAUAUCAAUUCCUUGGCCAGUUCCAUUAUUAUCUAUCUCAUUAGAAUCGUCCACAAUUUUAUUGGUAUUUUUGAGCGUUACCAACAUUUUGCUACUUUUUUCACAAUCUCUUUUCAUUUCAAUUUGUUUAUUUGAAAC